ACCGACAAUCGCCGAAUGUGUCGGUGUACCAAAUCGUGGCAUGUUCCAUACCGAACUGAUUUAGGACAGUAUUACACGUUGAAAUGCUACCUUUACAUUCGGGUGAUAAAUACCGGCCCGGAUCAAAAAUUAAAGAAAAAUUCGUUGGCUGGAUCAGGUAUAUAAUUAAUAUCAUGCUUAAGUUAAAUAGAACUAUUGAGAAACGUGAGACACGUCACUUAAGCUAAUAGUAAGUUACUUUUCAAAAGCCGUGCCGUACGUACGUAGACGUAGGCCUACACGGCUAACACGGUGGGCCCUAUUUUUUUUUACUACUUUAAACUACUUAUCACACUAGUGUCACUCUCAGUCAACACUGAGUGGCAAUAUCUGCUAAACUAAUUAAAAAGUUAGUUUUACAUUAAGGUGAGGUUAAGGCUAAAUAAUCUAUAAAUUAUAUCAUAUCAGUAUAUAAUUUCAUGCUAGUCAUAACAUAAAUACAAAGUCAAAGUGGAGAAAUUUAUUAUUUUUAAACAAAAUUGAAGUAGCCUAGUUAAGUUCAUUAAGAAUUUAAAAUGUUAAGUUUUUAACAUAUGACUAUACUAUACUAUAUUAUAUUAUGACUGUAUAGUGUGUAACUUUUAAAUAUGUCAUUAUUAUUAGACUUACUUAGGCUUAGGACUUAGGCUUAGUUAUAGUUAUAAUCCAAAUUAACCAAAAGAAGAAGUUAGUAAACUUAUAAUAACUAAAACUUCAUUAUUUAAAUUUACAGUACUUCAAUUUUAAUUCACAGCAAAAAUUAUUAUUAUUCACACUUCCAAAAAAACAAAUGUUCUUUUGAAUAAAAACGUUUCAUUUAACGCAAAAUAUAUUGUACAUUAUCAAUCUUUCACAUUUCCAUUAAAACACUUGACACUUCCAAUAAAACAAAUGUUCUUUUGCAUUAAAACAUAUUUACUUCUUUAAAGUCCUCCGCUACUGUGUUGGCCAAAUUUGAACGAUUUCGUUCUGAAUGGCGUUGAAUACAUUCAAACCAUUUUCUUUAACACGUCGAUGCAAAAUGAACCCACUCAUAUAAGAAUUAAACAUAUUUCUGUGUGUGCCAUUGUUUCUCUCUUUUGCCUAUUUCCAUGUAUGUUUGAUGCGUUGAGUAUUGGCAUUCCGUUAACUUUGUGGUUGUUAGCACAUCGUCUGACAGCAUAUAUAAUACUGUGUUAUUGUAGAAGUAGAAACAAGAUACAACUGACUUCAUUGAGAACUAAUGUAGAAAUUGUCAAAGAAUUCAUGGUGUCUACAGAAGCAGUUGUAUUUAUUAAACCAGAUAACUGCAUAGACAUAGAAUAGCAGUAAUGAUAAUUUUUCUGGUUAAUUUAAAUUGAAGUACAAAAUUUACUUAUCGUAGGCGUAGGCCCUUUCUUGCCUUAAGUAUUAAGUUGUCUUCUUUUCUAUGGCUAACUAAGUAUCAGUAAGUUACUGAUACUGAGUUAGCCAUAGAAAGGAAGACUUAACUUAAGUUUAAGACUUAAGGUUAAGAAAAUCGCACGUCAAGUUGUCAACUUAGACACUGAUCACUGAAGCUAUUGUCAAUGAUUGUCGUAUGCAUAGAGAGCUCUUCUGUCUUCAAAUUUACAUUCUAUUUUUAUAGACUUUCUCUCUACUUGCAUUUCCAUCUUGUGGAUGGAGCAUUAUCUUUUUGUUUAACAUGUGACAUUUUAAGAUUUCUCAUGCUGUAUUCACAUGGGGAAUGACGGAGGCGGGUUGACACUGUUGCUCAUAUGAUCAUGGUUGACCUCGCAUGCUUUGCUGCGUGAAUGGGUGGGUGGGUGAGCUCAGAUCUACUCUUUAGUUUUAUGCCUAAGUAAAGAUUUAAGUCACUAUAACUGGGAUUUUGUACACAUUCAAUAUUUAACUAAGUAAGUAAUUCUACUUUUGUUGAUGAUUGAUAGAUUACAAUUUUAAUGCUGAAAUGUAUAAAAUCAAAAUAUAUUUUUAAAAAGACCACCCCCCUCCCCCCUUUACUAAUUAAUACUAAUAAGUAGAAAAUAAUUUACAAUUUCUUAAAAUACAUUUGGCAAGGAAAAUCUCUGCUGAAAUUAUUUUCAAAAAUAAAUAAAACAAAACUCAUUUGUGCUCAUCUACACUUCUGAAAAGUCUUUCUCUGUGUAAGGCAUUUUAAGAAAUUGUCUAUUUUCUACUUUUUAGUUUGUUUUAUCUUCUUUGAUAGAAAAUCUUUUUUUUUUUUUUUUUUUUUUUUUUUUUUUUUUUUUUUUUUUUUUUUUUGGGUUUUUUUUUUUUUAAUUAAAUUUAUUUUUUUUUUUUUUUUAUUUUUUUUAUUUUUUUUUUUUUUUUUUUUUUAUAUCUUUUUUUUUAUUGUAGCUCUAUUGGGUGUAUCUAGUUUUAAAUAAAUGUAGUAUUUGUUUUUUAUUACUUUAUUUAGUUAUUUAUCUAGGUGUGGGAUUUUGAUUUCCAAACGUAUGUGUUUUAUACCAUAAAAGCUUUGAAGAUUUAAUCUGUGUUAAGAUUUGGCUUGUAGAAUAAACAAUAGGUAAUAAAGGACUGAGAAAAGAAGUAUGCAAAGUAUGCCACCAGAGGGCUGCAAAUGACAUCUCAAAAGAAUAUUAUUGAUAUUAUUAAUACUUCUUAUCUAAUGCAUAAAAGGUAAUAUAUCCAAUAGCUCAUCAAGAUUAUACAUAAAGCAAAUAAAAACUAGCAUCUUUUAAUGAUAUAUUUUGCUUUGAAUUGUACUUGCACUUUGGUCACUGUAGAGCAGUGGUUCUUAACCUGGGUUCGAGGGUUCUAUCGGUGAGUCAGUCUCAGGGGUUUAGUGAGUCAGUCUCAGGGGUUCGGCAGAGGUCCAAAAAAAUCACAAAAAUACAUAUAUUAUAAUUUUCCUAAUAAGAAGGGUUCGAUGAAUGCACAUAUGAAACUGGUGGGGUUCAGUACCUCCAACAAGGUUAAGAACCACUGCUGUAGAGUAUCUAGCUUCACUGAUGUAGUGUGCUUCCAAAAACAUGAUCAAAAUUUUUAUUACAACAUUUCCAUAGUUGUGGAAAUUCAUCAGAAGAAGCAUACAUCUCCAUAAUUUAUGUGGCCAUGCAUUAUGCUUGUUUAUUUCAAAAAAUAAUUUCAAGAAUCGGUCCUACUGUCUCACAUAAUUCUUCUCUGAAUGAAAUGCACUAACUAAAAGCAAUCACAGCAAGUAUCCUGCUUUCUACUCAUUGAAUUUCUCAUACUCUUCUAGAUACUUGUCCCCAACAAUACAGGAUGGACACAUACUCUCCUAUACCUUGCUAGGCCAUAGUCAUUCUAUUGUGACACCUUUAGUACCCCAGCUCCCAUCUCAGUUACUCUGACCCGUAGACUUUCCUGACAGUAGUUAACUCGCUAUGCUCACUUAUCUAUAGCUUGGUCCCGCUGGUGGGCCAUGGACAUUUUUACAAUUACGAAAUAGCUACACAUUGAGUUACUUUCGGUUUCACCAUUCAUCUUUCUAGAUGUUUCUAAUGUUAGUAAUUAUAUCCAUUACCAUGAAAUGCCUCAUAUGUAAAAGCAAAAGUAAGGAGAAGAUAGUAACUUUUUUAUGUCACCCAGGUUUCCAAAUGGUUUCUCUGCUGAUGUGCUUAAAAAUAAAUAACUGCUAACUGUCAAGCCAUCUCACACCUUAGUUUUUGUUAACUCCCCUUUUCGAUGUUACAACUUUUCCUGUGUUCUCACAUGAUUUGCUAACAAUACUAAAUCAGUGAAUGUGGUUUGAAAAUAUUUUCAUCCUAAAAUUUUUUACUUUGUACACACAUCAUGAAAAUUCCUUAAGCUGCAGCGGGCCAUUUAAAAUCAGCUCAUGGGCCGUGGGUUAGACAGCACUGCUGUAAAACCUUUCCUCUUAAAAAUGGAAUUAUUUUUCCAUUAAAGAACUAUUAUCAAAAUUUAAAAAAAUACAUUUUUUUCACACAAAUUGGUUCACAAAUAUUUGGUUAACAACUUAAAGAUAAGCAGUAACAUAAUUUAAAUGUACCAUAAAAUUAAUUUCUGACAAAGUGUCAGCAAUAACUUUAUCUUUGCCUUUAAUAUGUUUUAUAUUCUUGUAGAAAUAAACUCCAACUAAGCAGUCUUUGAUCAGUAAAAACAAGUAUUGGAUGUAAUGAACAACUUACAUAAAAAACCAAAUUGUUGCAAAGCAAGAAUUAAACCUUGACAUUCUUUGUCAACUGUGGAGUAAUUCUUCUGAUGGGGAUUAAAUUUGUCAGUGAAAUAACAGAUAGGAUGAUCUACUCUGGGAUCACCUUUUUAAAAAAAACUGCUCCAAUGCCAAGAUCACUGGCAUCCACAGCUAAAUUAAUUCAUCCCUGUGGCACUGCAGCCCACACAGGGCUUUGGCCUGCCUCGCUACUUCCUGCCACUCAGACCAAACUAACACUUCUCUUUUCCAUGUUUAGAUUCGCAGCUGCUGUAGAUCUUUUUCAACAUCAUCCAUCCAUCUAAGCCUAGGUCUGCCUUUGAGCUGUUUUCCUCUGGGGCUUGGUGGUGCACCCUCUUCACUCCACUAUCAUUUGGCAUUCUUUCUAAGAGUCCAGCCAGCAUAGUCUGCCCUUUUUAUUUCUGCUGCUAGUGUGGGAUCCUGAUAUAGACUAUGACUAUACAAUUCCUGGUUGGUUCCUAUUCUCCAUCCGUAAUUAUCCUUUUUUGGUCUGUAUAUUUUCAGGAUAACUUUUCUCUCUCCUGAUUAUAAUAGAUUUUCUGCUGUUUUUGUUAGUAUUCAAGUUUCACUUGCUUAUAUUACUACUGGUCUGAUUACGGUUUUAUAUAUAGUUUUUCUUGUAAAAUUUUUAUUUUUGAGUAUUUUAUGACAACUGAAGUUAGCCCUGUUUCCAACCGAAAUGUUUUCUUUUAUUUCUUUUAGUAAUUCAUUUCUUUCAUUUAAUAAAGAUCCUAGGUAUUUGAAUUGAUUGACUUUUUUCAAAAGUGUGAUUUCUAAUUUUACUGAUUUUAACUGUCUGUCCUUCUCUUAUCAUAGUCAUGUAUAUUGUUUUUUUGGAUGUUAACCUCCAGUCCUGCUUAUAGUGGUGCGUCUUCUAAUUCAAUAAAAGCCUUUGAUAUAUCUUUACUACUUUUCCCUAACAGUGCUAUGUCAUCAGCAUAUGGAAGAUACUGAAUGGGGAGGUUGCAGAGAGUGCCUAUUGGUUGUUGGUCUUGAGUUUCCAUCAGAAAGUAUCCUGUUAUUGUUCCUUGGGUGUCAUUAUGUAUGCUUCUUAUAACUCUUCUAAUGUUAGGUUAAAUAGCUUACAAGACAGUGAGUCUCCUUGUCUUAGGCCUCGUCUUAUCUUGAAUUGUCUUGAAUAUUCUCCCUGAACCUUGAUUGCUUUUUGAGUCAUUUAAUUUUACAUGUAUCAGUCUUGCCAUUUUGUUGGGUUUCCAAACCCCUUGAUAGUCUCAUAUGGAUAUUUUCUUUUGAUGCUGUCAUAAGCCAUUUUAUAGUCCACGUAGAGUUGAUGUACUGGGAUAUUUUAUUCGUAAAAUUUCUCUAAAAGGCAUCUGAUGGUGAAAAUCUGAGUUGUCGUUGAUCUGUUUUGUCUGAAUCCACAUUGACAGUCACCUAGUAUUCCUUCAGUGUACGAUUAGUCUUUUGGCAAUUAGUUUUGUCAGUAUUUUGUAUGUAACAUUGAAUAGGGAAAUUCCUGUGUAGUUUGUGCACUGAAGUUUGGAGCCUUUCUUGUGUAUUGGGGUUAUUAGUGCUGUUUCCCUUUCUGUUUUACUUCUGUAGUUUCCUCUAGAGUUGGGGAGCUUAUUAAAGGAUCUGGUCCUCCAUGUGGUGGUUGAUAGUCUUCAUCUUGUCUAUUGUCUGCAUUUAUUAUGUCCUCAAAAUAUUCAGCCCACCUCUCCAGUACUUACUAUUUUCCAUAAUUAAUUCUCCAUCAUUGCUCUCACACAUUUGUGGCCCAGCUUGGUAUCCAUUCUUUUCAUCUUUUGUCUUCAUGUACAUUCCUUUGAUGUUUCCCUCCCUUGAUAAGUCUUCUCUCUCUUUUAAGCUUAGCUUUUUCCCAUUCCCUUUUUUUCUUCCUACAUAUUUUUGUGGCUUUCCUUCGGGCUUCCUUGUAGGUUUGUCUUGUCUUUCUUGUUUCCCUUAGAAUCAUGGACAUGUGUGGCGUGUUCAUUUCUUUGACAGUCUCUCUGCAUUUAUUACCCAACCAGCCUACUCUAUUGUUAGUUUGCUGGAGUCCUACUACUUCUUCUGCUGAUCUUUUCAUAUCAUUUUAUCCUAUCCCACUGUUCAUUUAUAUUCUUUCCCUGUUUAUUUCGUCCUGUGAUGCUUCUAGCUGUGCUACUGCAUUUUAGUAUGCUUUUGCAGUUUGUGGGUCUUUGGUAAUUUUUUGAUAAUUAUAUCAUUUUUGUCUUUGAUUUUGGAGAUGGUGAAUUAUGCUUAUUCUCUGCUUAUAUUUAACCCUUACAAGUAGAUGGUGAGAGUCUGCAUCUGUUCCUCGAUUGCUUUUUACAUCUAGUAUAUCUGAUCCAUGCCUCCGAUCAAUUAGCACAUGGUCGAUUUGGUUGUGGGUGAUUCCAUCUGAUGAGUUCCAAGUAACUUAAUAUAUAUUUUUUUGUGUGGAAACUUGGUGCUGAUAAUUGACAUCCCUGUUCCUGAAGCAGUGUCUAUGAGUCAGAUCCCAUUGUCAUUGGAUUCUUCAUGCAGACUCUCCUUGCCAAUAGUUGGCAUGAACACUUUUUUUACCCUCUACUUUGGCAUUAAAGUCACCAAUCUCUAUUUUAAUAUCAUGUCGUGGGGCCUCAUAGAUCUUUUUCAGUGUCUCAUGAAAGGAUUCUUUUAUCUGACCUUCUGUAUCUUCGGUGGAAGCAUGAACAUUCAUAAAUGUUAUAUUAAACAUUUUUCCUCACACACGCAAAGAGCACAAUCUUUCAUUCUCUGGUUUGAACCCUAUGACUUCACUGCCUGCUUCUUUUUUCAUGUCAGAUCCUGUUCCUAGAGUGUUAGUGUUGUUGCCACUAUAAAAUAAGGUGUAGUCUUUUUUGAGAAUGUCUACAUUUUUCCAUCGAAUUUCAUGCAAUGCAGAAAUAGAUGUUCAUAUUUAAUCAGUAAUUUACUAGGUCGGCUAAGACUCCUGCUCUAAACUGGCUUAGUACAUUCCAGGUCACAAUAAAAAAAUCAUGUCCAUGUCCAGGCAUAGGUCGAUUGCCAUUGGAAUCAGUCCGGAUUUUAUUCUGUUUAUUGCCAUUCAUAACAUUAAUCUUUUUACACAGCCAGGUUAUUAUCCCUGCGCACAGCCAUCUAGGGGGGGGGGGCUGCCCCUUACAGCUCUCUAGGUAGCUGCUUUAAUUUUUGGGUAAGGUUCCCUAACCUUUGUGGAUCCCUCCACUUCCUACAAAGCGGUAGGUUAUGAUUUUGGUCCGCCCAGGGUAUUUUAUUUCCCUUGUACCCUCCAUAUCUGGUGGGCUUUCCUCUAUCCGCCACCUGGAGAGGCGCUCGAUGGAAGACCAGUAUCUCCACACGAGACAGCUAAUUUAGACUAUUUUUAAAGUUUGGUGUUAUGAGGACAGGAGCAUUGGCUAGUACAUUUUAAAUUUUCAGGGAUCUGACCAAUGAAAUUUUACAUUUUUCUUUAACAACUUUGUAAGAGGGGAAGCAAUAAUGAAAAAGCUUUUGCAAAAUUUUCUGUAAUAACCUGCCAUGGCCAAAAAUCUCAUGAGCUGUUUCCUAGUAAUGGGUGGAGGAAGUAAUGGGAUAGCAUUUAUUUUGGCUUGAACAGACUUUACAUGACCUUGAUCCACUUGUGACCUAAAUACUCCACAGUUGCAUGACAAUUCCCCCUAGCUUAAUUUUGCAGUAACAUUAGCCUGCAAAAAUUUCUUAAAGACAGAUCUUAUUUGGGUUAUACAACUUGAAAUAUCUUGACUAUAAAAAAUUAUAGUCAGCCAUAAUGCUAUUAACAAAGCGUUGGAAUGUAGCUAGAACAUUUUUCAUUCCAUUUUUCAUUACCUUAUAUUGGUAUAAGCCAUCUGGAGUACAAAGGGCAGAGAUUUCUUUUGCUCUGUCAGAGAGGAACUGGCCAAUAACCAGGUAAUAGAUCUAUCUUGGUUACAUAUUUGGAAUCUUCUACUUAUCAAUGAGAUCGUCUAUCCUUGGAAUAGGAAAGGAAUCUGACUUUGUGACAGAAUUCAUUGUCCUGAAAGCAGUGCAAAACCUGUAACUUUUUCAGACUUUGGAGAACAGUCACUAGAGCUUAGUGCAAUGAUGUCAUUUUUAAACUUGUAAUUAAUUUCAGACCAGAUUGUUUUGAGCAUUUCCAGACCAGAUCUGCAUUGCCAAUGUUAACAUCAUGCACAGAAAUGUUUGUCUUAUUUGGUACACCAGGAAGAUCAACACAUUACAAAAUUAUGUGACAAACUAAUUCAAAAACAGUUAAUACUUGUUCUAUUAACUAAUGGAGUGUUUUAAUGUAGUUCCAUCAGAUAAAUAUUUAGUUUUUAAUUUAAAUCCCUUAAACAUUUAUGGCAUUAAAUUUAUUGCGCUAAAAUAGUCAGAUGGAUCUAGCAGAAGAACAUUUUAAAUAUAUUUUAUUAAUUACUUUGAGUUACUAGGUCUAAGAUGCAUACUAGACAUGCCUAAAAGCAGAGCAGUUGUGUGGCUUUUGGGACCCCCCCCCCCCUGCCAAUUUUCUGUUUAGUGCUCCCUGGCACCCUGCAUUUAAAAACAAGAGUUUUAAUUUUUUCUACACAUCUUUGGGCCCGUUAAAUAUCCACGGCCUCAGAGGGUCCAUGCAAUCGCUCUGUCUAAAAUCUAGUUUAGGUACCAGUGACCACUAUGGCCAUCCGCAAUCUAGGCCUAUAAAUUAUAAUGUAAAUGGUGUGAUGCUUUUAAAAUUAAGGUUUCAAUUACAAUUUAAGUCGUAUAGGCCCUGUAAUGGCUAUAGUAAUAAGUUGGCCUAUGCCUAUAUUUUGAGGUAGAUAGGCCUAAACCUAUAAAAUAUUAAUUAUAAUUUUUUUAAAUCCGCUUAUAAUUAGAAAGUUUCUGUUCGUAUUGUUUUUAUAGAACGGUUAGUACUGAGUCACACACUUUUAUUGAUAAAAAUAAUGAUUUUUUUUCAAAGAAAUAAGUCAGAUUUAUUUGAUUUUAAUAGGAUUUUAACACAUUAAUUUGAUUUUUUUAAAUUUCUUAAGAUUUUGUAGUUUAUUAAAUGUUUUUAUAGAUUAAACAUAAUAUAGUAUUAAAACGAGUUAUUUAAAUUUAUAUUGCAUUUUUGUAUUUAAAUUAGAUUUUUUAAAAUUUAAAUCAGGUGGGUUUUUUUUCUGAUUUUUUCCUAAUUUUUCUACGGAUUGCUUUAGAUUUUGAAGUAUAAUUAUGUUUAAUAAAGACUAAACAUAAUGUAAGUAAUGGACUUUGAAUCAAUUUCUUAAUUCAAAUUGGAUUUUUAAAUUUAAUUUGGAUUUUUUAAAUUGAAAUUGGAUUUUUUUUUUAAAUCUGGGUUUUUACAUUUUUAAAUAGAAUUGUAUUCUUUUAUUUUUUAAAAGAAAUUUCUUUAGAUUUUGAAGUAAAUUAAUUUUAUAAAGAUUACACAUAAUUGUAAAUAUUAUUUAUAUCCGUUCUUUUGGAUUUAAAUUGGAUUUUAACACAGUUAUUUAAAUUUAAGUAAAAUAAUAUGACACAAACUAAUACAAAUCUUAAUUUAAUCCAUUAAAAUAUUUUUAAGGAUUUCUCCCCAACUGAAAUUUUUCAUUUUAUUCAAAUAAAAAUUAUUAAGAAAAUAACAAAUGAUUAACUUUAAAAAAAAGUUUUUAAAUGUAUUAAUAAAAUUCCUGAUCUGAAUACUAUACUCUCAAUCUCAUCUAUAUGAAUUAGAAUUUCAAUUCAGUUUCACGCAUUCAAAUUAUAAUAUCAAUGUCAUAAUAUUGCCAUACGUCAAUGUCAUUCGAUUCCGCAAAAGCCUUCUGAUUAAAUAAUUUGAAUGUAAAAACUUAUUUUCCAGCUUUCUCAACCCUAAGUCAAUUUCUGAUUUCUAAAAUCUGAAAAGUUUAAUUGGAAAAAAAACACCAAAAAAUAUAAUAAAACUGUGCAUACAUUAUUAUAUAUUAAGAAACAAUAUAUUAUGUGAUCAAUAAUAAAUAAAAACAAACUAAAGUUAUUUUAAGCAAGUGCCUUUAAAAUAUAAAUAGAUUAAUAAAAAUAAUUAAAAUUAAAAAUUUUGGAUUGAAAUCAUGAUUUUUGUUGGUUUAAUUUAAACAUUUGGAUUUAAAUCAUGGUAGGCCCUCUACACAGUUGGCUGGAGAUAGCGCUCAAUGUUAUUCUCAUCGGACUGUGUAUAAUGCUCAGCAUUACUUCCAGCUGAUAAAUGGUUUAAUACCGCUAGUAAUUUAAAAAAUAAAAGAAUGUAGCGGAAUUAUUGGAUGAAUUGAAUCUAUAAUUUGGUUUAAUUUUAACAGAGUUUAUUAUGGUAGCACUAUUAUUAAACACAGUCGGCUUGGAAUAAGGUUUAACGUUAGUCCCAGCAGGCUGUGAAUAACCACUCUGUUAAAUCUUCUCGACCCUGGUCACAAGUAACAAUAAUUUCAAAUUUAACUAAUGGAAUUUCAAUAGGUCUUUACAUUUUUAAAGUAUUUCCGUGAAGUAUAAGUAGAUGUACUGGUAUUUAAAUAGACUUUUUCUACUCUAGUGUCUCUGGUCUUAAAAUUAGAGUUGGAAGUAGUUAUUAGUAGUUUAUUGGUGUAUUUUUUAUACUUAUUCUCAAGCAAGGGUUGUUGUUUUUUAAAGUUCUAGGCUAUUCAUUAGUUGUAACCGAUUUAUUGACUUUUCUUCUUACUAAUUAAUCAUUUGAUUCAAUCAAAGAUUUUAACCACUGUAUCAAUUAAAUAAAUUAUUGUAACUAUCAAUCAAAAAAAUAUUUAUAACUAACAAAAAACUAACUAAAAAGUAAAUAAAUAAAUAAAAUAAAUAUAACCUAAGAUAAUUUCUAUUUACUUUGAGUGCUGUCAAACAUUGAUGCCUUUUUGGUUGGAGGAUGGGUGCUUGAAUAUUAUUUUAAUUGAUAAUGUGUACUUAUAUGAUAUAUGGUGUAUAUUAAUUGUAAUAAAAAUAUUAUUUUUCAGGCUAAUAUUUUCAGAAAAAACAUCAAGAAGGCUCUUAGGUUUUCUCCUUUUAAAUUUAUCUUUUGCUUUUGUGGAGCUCGCAUAUGGAAUAUGGACCAACAGCUUGGGUCUCAUCUCAGACUCCUUUCACAUGUUCUUUGACUGCACUGCACUACUAGCUGGUCUUGUGGCAUCAGUAAUUUCAAGAUGGCGUGCCAAUGAAAGUUUCUCUUAUGGGUAUGUUUAACUUUAUUAUUACUGGUACAUUUCACUUGUUGCGGUUGUAAAUUUACUAGCUAUAUAAUUUAUGCAAUAUCUGCUUGAAAAUGUAAUAUAUUUAUUAUAAUGUUAGAACAUAAAAACUUCAUUCCACGAAUUUCAUGUCUGUUAAAUAUCACAUUUUUUUCUCAUGCUAUUCUGCGUCAGGUCCAUUACCAGAGAUUUAUAUAAAAGUUACUAGACAAUUUUGUUGAGAAAGUUAAGUUAAUUGCUAAAAUAACUUUUUAUUACAGAUAUGUUCGAGCUGAAAUUUUGGCUGGGUUUGUCAAUGGACUUUUCCUGCUUUUCAUCGCAUUUUUCAUCUUCUCAGAAGCUGUUGAAGUGAGUGUAUCAUGAUCUGGUCUUACUUUUAAAAUUCCUUUCCUCUGCUGUUGCUUUCACAUUAAUUAAGGAUGUAUUUUGACAAUUUAAUUAAUUGUGUCAUCUUCCAAACCAUAUUUUAAUAUUUUUUUUAAUUUUUACAGAGAGCAGUGGAACCCCCUGAGGUGAAGCAUGAGCGUUUGUUUUUAGUAUCGGUUGGUGGAUUUAUUGUAAAUCUUGUCGGCAUCUUUGCUUUCCAGCAUGGACAUUCUCAUGGAGGUGGAGGUCAGUUUUAUGUUGAGCAAAAUUCAAUAUCUAUGUUAAAUAAAUUCAAAAUCUAUGUUAAAUAAAUUCAAUAUCUAUGUUAAAUAAAUUUAAUAUCUAUGUUAAAUAAAUUCAAUAUCUAUGUUAAAUAAAUUUAAUAUCUUUGUUAAAUAAAUUCAAUAUCUUUGUUAAAUAAAUUCAAUAUCUUUGUUAAAUAAAUUCAAUAUCUUUGUUAAAUAAAUUUAAUAUCAGUGCAUGCAUUUAGCAGUUUUACUCAGGAUUCUAGUUUUAUGAUAAUGAAAAUAUUGCUACAAAGUGUUGUUUUCAAGCCCCAUGUAUAUUACAGUAGUAUAAAUUAACUAGUUUGACGACAGCCAUUGUUUAACAGACCCUCAAUUAAUCUUACUUCUUGUAGGUUGCUGUCUUUAAAUGGGAAAUGGUUUUUUUUUUAAUUCAGCGUUUUCUUCCUACCCAAGAAUAGUUUCUUUACUGGGCCUAUGAGCCUAUCCAACCCCACAGGAGUAGUCAAAAAUACUUUUCAUGAGCUACCCCAUUGAUUUUCAAGAGUCUGCAUAUGUUUUGCAAAUAAAUAUGGUUAAGAGAUGAAUUUGAAAAUCCAGACACUAAGCAAACAUUUUCAGGCGCUGUCGAGUAUGAGCGUUCAUUAGUAAUUGUUGCGACUCAUUAGUUGUUGAACGCUUUUCCCGCGCUUGACUAUUAUAGUUAGUGAACGCUCUUCCCGCCAUUUCUCUAUGACGUAUUUUAUGCUGAUUCGUGACGUAUUGUCUAUGCAGUAUUGUGAUGUAUGUUUUAGUCGUGCGGCAGUCUUGAGUGGAACUUUGGAGUGAUAGGAUGUGUAUUAUUUAGGUCUGAUUGCGAGCUGCGCUAUAUUCACGUGUAUGUGUAUUAUAUUUACUUAGAUAUUAAAGUUAUAGUUAUUAUGAAAAGGAGUUGAGUUUGUUCAAUGAUAGUGAGAAUAGUACGACGCUUCAACGUGUGAAAAGAACUUGACGAAUGUAAUCAAUCCAAGAAGACUAUAGGAGUUGACAGGCGCCACCCGAUAGCUACUUCUUACCCGUGGCUGGGAAAGACCUCAAAGAUAAUUUGAACCCUUUCUUUUGGUUGAGAGACAGAUAAUAUCACCAUUGUGAGACAUCGCAGAUAGUGACAAAUGGUUAAAACAUCACAUAGUUUUAAUCCGAUUAAAUUAUUAUUUUUGUGUGUGUGUGGUUUUUCACCCCACUGAAAUAAUGUUUUAAUGUUGGAUCCUCCUCCAAAAAUCACUGGCAAGUGCAAAUAGCAUGAAUUGAUAGAUUCUAUUAGUUUUAAAACUUUUGGUAAUCAUUUAUUUAUUUCAUGCUUGUUUGCUUCAGACCAUGGGCAUAGUCAUGGGCACAGCCAUGGAUUAGGUAAGUUUGAGCUGGAAUUCAUGUCAGCUAUAUUUCUAUUUAAUUAAAAUAAUGGCUUUCAUAGUUUUGAAGUACAAUACAUAUUAUUUUUCAAGAACUAAUUAUGAUUUUUAAAAAAAGUUUUUCCCUACAGAUUGUAUUUUCUUUUUCUUCAUCAAAUUUUGAAUAUUAUUCUCAGGGCUCGAGUCGGCAGGUGACACUGACAACCAUGGUCACAGUCACGACAGCCACGGCCACGGUCAUAAUGACAACCACGGCCACAGUCAUGACAGCCAUGAAGGGCACGGUCACAGCCAUGAUAGUGAACACAGCCAUGGUGUUCAGGUCAAAGCACCCACCAACACUGCUAAAAUUGCUCAAGCACAGAUCAUGCAGGGUUAGUUAAAAAGUUUUUAAAAAUUCUUAAUAUUAACUAUGCUUUUGUUCAUAUUUUUGUGACUAAAUCUUCCGACGGCUGAUUUACCCACUUCACAUCAUCCUAUCAAACUGAAUCGUUAUUGCAUGUAGACUUGUUGCGGAUCCCCACCCCCAAAAAUGAGUUUUUCCUGUAUUUCAAGGUGAAGAUACAUGAAAUAUGAUUGGUUCAAUGGAUGUGUAUUUUGGGGUAGAAAUUAAUUGUGUAGUUGUUGCUAUGUGCUUUGUAUUUGUGUCGUAUUUGGGUAUGCAGUAAAAAUGAAAUACACUUUUCAAGGGGAAAAUGAAGGAAAUAUGAAACAAGUUUUUGCCAGAAGUUUACCCAUUAACAUAACCGCUUCUUAAUAAUAAUAAUAAAUCAUGUACAAUUACAUAAAUGCAAACAAAAAUGCCUAAAAAGGAUUCAUAAAAAAACACUUUGUUUUAGUGGUUGUUUAAUUUUACAAUAGUUACAGUUAAGGAAUUAACUUUUCCCCAAAUAAUCAGUUUUUGAAAUAUGUCAUAAUCAGUGCUUUACCUACGCAUAAAGAAAUUUUGGGCAUCAAAAUCUUCACAAAUCAUUUUACUGUGUGAUUCUUUGAAAUAUGCCCAUUUUUCUAACGGGUGAAGUUAUGGUAAACCAUUUGAAUGGCUUAAAGUCAUUUCUGGCAAUUGGUCUUUUGAGGGCCCUCAAAUGUUCUUUCAUGUGCCUGCCCUGUAACACAUAAACCCCAAUAUUUGGGAUAAAAUUGGGGUGCCAAGUCUGGAAUAUUAAAAAAAAAAUUUCACUUUGGAUUCCAUUGUUAUAGAAGUAAAUUGCUUGAGAUUACUGUCAAUUUAAAAAAUAUUAAUAUACAUUGAGUUAUUAAUUUCUGUUUAUACUGCUUAUGACCAAUGUUUCCUGUGAGCUGUGGAUGCAACGCUUGAUGGAAAAGGUGGGCACAGCUUAAAAAAGUUUGUGCGAACAAAGGGAAAACGGGCCGCACCAAAAGAAACUUAUUUACAAUAAAAAUCAACAGGUUAUCCGUGUCUCUAAUUUAAUUUUUUGUCUAUUUUAACCAGGUGUUUUCCUCCAUAUAUUAGCCGACACAUUAGGAAGUGUUGGUGUUAUCAUCUCAUCUAUUCUUAUUCACCAAUUUGGAUGGAUGAUAGCAGACCCUGUGUGUUCUAUGUUUAUUGCUGUCCUUAUUGGUAUGAGGUCAGUAUAAUUUGAAAACACAAAAUGCAUUAAUAAUGGAACAAAAUUUACUGGUUUUAAGGUGUUUCAUAUGGUCUUAGAUGAAGUUUGUAUAACAAAACCAAAAUUGAUAUGAAGCAGGUCAAAUGUUUCUAUUUCAAAUACUGUUAAGAUGGACAAUGCUAAUAUCAUGCUUCAGCAUAUCUGUUUCUUUUUUCUUUCAGCGUGCUACCAUUGCUUCGUGAUUCUAUUGGUAUUUUGAUGCAAAGGACACCUAGACCAUUGGAGGGUCAAUUACCUGGCUGUUACCAAAGAGUAAGCCGGCAGUUUUUACCUUCUAAUCUUAAUCUUUCUAUUUCUCUUAACUAUAUAUUUCUUUAACUAUACAUUUCUCUUUAACUAUAUAUUUUUUAAACUAUACAUUUCUUUAACUAUACAUUAAUUUAUCUAUACAAUUCUUUUAUUUAAAAUGGAUAUUGAAUUUUUCUUAAAAAUACACUAUUGUUCAACAUCCCUAGUUAUAGCAAACAGUGGAUUAAAGACUGACAUAGUCUCUGAUGUUCAUUGAUUUCACAUAGUUCAAAUAUGUUUCACAUGGUUUCAAUAAGUAGCUAGCUCUAACUAGCUCUAUACUAUCUGUAAUAAACUUACAUAAAAUCAAAGUGUCUAAUAUGAUCAAGGUAAUAGAAGAAAAUAAUUUUUUAAAUUGUGUGUGCUGGAGAAUUGUUUUUUGAUGUACUUUAAAUGAUUUGUUUAGGUGAGCCAACUUGAAGGUGUGUACAGUGUACAAGAGCCUCAUUUCUGGACAUUGUGUACAGAUGUAUAUGUAGGAACUAUCAAAUUGGAAGUAGCGACAAAUGCAGACACUAAAUACAUUCUCAGUCAGACGCAUAACAUUUUUACGCAGGUGAGUGAAAUGUAUUUGCAUUUCUUUUUGUUGUUGUAGGCAUUGGAUUAGGACCAUAAAUAAAAAAACAGUGGGUCAAGAUGAUGAAUCAACAAGUAAUGGUUGUACCAUGUGUCUCUGGAGCUGCAUACAGCCAUCAAACUGCCCAUUCAGAGGCAGCUCUUUUGCUUUCAAAAAAUAAGAAGAAAAAAAUUAUAUUUAAAACUAUGAAAAAUAAGUUUUUUUAAACUUAAAUCACUUUGAAAAUUAAUUUUGUAUGAAUUACGUUUGUUUUUUAAAGUGAAAAAACAAACCGUUUUAUAUUGUUAAUAAUUUUUCCUUUUUCACUUUUAAAAAUGGCUUAGUUUACUGAUGAGCAGGGCAUUGGAGCAGUCUGCUGAGUGCUCUGCUCCGGUUUUGCUGCCGGGGAAGAGAGAAACUCAACUGAAUGAGAUUUUAAUUUUUUUAUCCAGUUAUCAUUCAGGGAAUUAACAAUAAAUCACAAAUCAGAAGAAAAAAAACAACUAACUCUUUCAUGUAUAAUGCAAAAACUAGGAAAUUUGAAAACAGCACUUGCAUUUGGUUUUCUGAUUACUUUUAAAUUGAAAGAAAAUUUAGAUGUCAGAGCAGCCCUCAAAUGAUGGAGCUAUGGCUCUGCUCGAAUUCAGUUGGGAAAAAUAUGGCUCCAUCUCCCCUCCAAAGCUUAGCAUACAUAGCCUCCUUUUUGGAUCCACCAAAGGUUAUUUCUAUCCAAAUUACUGGUUCAGAAGAAUCCUAAUUUUAUUCUCAAACCUCAUGUCCAACAUAUAGAUUUGUCUAAUUGUAAAAUACAUGUUGUAAAAUUAGCCAAAUUUUUGCAAAAUAAUAAUAAAUUUGUCAUGUAUCCACAGAUUGGAGUAAGGCAACUGUAUGUCCAAAUAGACCACUCCCCCAUGUAGAUCUGACAAAACAAGGGAUUGCAUUUUGUGGGAAGGAAAGUCUUUGAUGAUGUCCAUUUCUAACAUAUUGGAAGCUAGGCUGUCGGUCAUAUAGUAAGGAGACACUCGAUUUAUUUGAUCUUUCCUCGUUAAAGAGGCAGAAAAAGACAUGGUGUUUCACAAAAAGCAAAUGCCAAGCUAAUUCUUUCUCUAAUUGGUAACUGUAAAUUUUAGCAUUGUACCGCUACUCUAGUUAUACUCUCAAAGCUUAAUAAAAUUCUGUUUAAAGGACUUUUUUUUUUGCCUUUGUUUAGCUCUAUGAUUUAGUUCUGAGUUUUAUUCAUUUCAAGGUUUUAUUAUCAAGUAUUUCAAUCCAAUUGAACUGAUCUUAAUCCAAUCUUUGGGAAGCUGAUAUGAUGAAGUACAUACCAUCAUACAAAUUUAAUGUUAGAUUCAGUGAACAUGGCUCAAGACAAUCAUAAAAAAAAUUUUUUUUAGUUGAAUAGAGCUGUGACUUAAUUUUGUUUCAUUGAUCUUUGGUAUACCGGCACUAUAAUAAUUUAUGUUUUAAAAUCUUAAAUCAAGUGAAAGGUCAUGUCCUAAAUUAAAGAAAGAUUAAUUACGAUGUACAUAACUGUAUGAUGAGCGUGGUAUGGUACACUUUGUGUAUGAAGUCUGAAAAAUGGAAAAAUGUGUAAUAGAUUUGGGAAAGUAAUUCUAAAACUUGUAAAUAGUAGACUACCAUUGCACGUAAUUUUUUUAUUCACUUUUCUGGAUUCUCCUGGGACAAACCAAGAUGUGCUUGUUGCUCAACCAUAAUGCAUUGCAGCAAUUGAAAAGUAAUUUAUGAAGUCACAAAUGAAAGCUUUUUAAUAUGUUAGUAGUAUUGGAUAAAAUUCCUUAUUGUUUGAUUCUCUAUGGCCUGAUGUCAGAUGGGAAGCCACUGGGGGUAAGAGAUGUGUGGCUUCUGAAAUUAAUGACACAAAAUAUCUGCUAAAAAUUUGUUCAAUGUUCUGUAGUGGUGAUGGUGUUGUCUGUGUUAAUGUUUGUCUUUUUUUUUCUUCAAAUGCAAUUCAUGACUUAUGGGAGAUGUACAGAUGCCUUCAUUAUCAAACAUCUAAUUCUGUUGUAGGUGAAAUCCUUUGAGGACUUUUGAUGAAUAGCAGGCAUAUACAUUAGAAUAACAGCUUUUACUCAUAUUUGGUGAAAGGCGUCUGGUAAAUACUAGCCUAGACUUAAGGCCGUGACUUUGGAGAGCCCCUUGUUUUUUUACUUGGCUGCCUCCUAGUUUUUUUCUAACAGAGUUGAGGCUCAUCUCAUCCUGUAGCUAAUUAAAUAGUAUUUAAGAUUUUUAAAUAUUGUUGCAAUUUUAGAUUAAACAACAGUUCUUUUUUUAAAUAUAAAAAAAAUGUUCAUUUGUCCAUAGUGUUUGACUGUGUGCAAUGUGUAACCUGUAUUUAACCUUGUUUUUACCUUUUGAAAUUCUUUUGUAAUUUUGGUUUUGGUCAUUUUAUAAUUUUUGUUUUCAUACCAUGUACAUUUGUAAGUAAAUAUAUUCUUCUCCUUAUUGAAUGAUUAGGCACCCUCAAAGAUAUUUUAGACAAAAAAUGUUUGGAUUUAUAUGUUUAGACAAAGCCUUAUUUAGGUGGGCACUUUAAAAUUCAAUAGUGAAAUAUAAGAUUUGGAGCUAGGUAAUUUCCAUUUAUUGCAUGUGCAUAUUAAAAUUCAUUAUCCUUUACAAGUUACCGUAUGAACUAUUCCAUACAGGUGAAUGUAGACUUCUUUCAUUCAGAUUAUUUGACCUAUUGUUUUUAACAUUUUGUUGAUGGUCAAUUUAAAAACUAAACCAUAGUGUUCAAUUUUUAAGUAAUUGAAGAAAAUGU